AUGUUUGAGCCCCAUCCACUAAAAAGCCACUUCGAUAAGACGGCAGCAGAUGUCUCAACUACCGUCACUGAGAUCCCUCUGGAGGAUAGAGCUCCUGAGCAGUUCAUACCUCGGAACACCUGGAUCAACGCAACAUCGCAUCCUGUUGAGCGCACAGUUGAUGAGAUCUUUCUAUCCCAUGUUCUAGAGCGGCCCGAUGCUCUAGCUGUCUGUGCCUGUGAUGGCACUUACACUUAUAGAGAGCUGGACAGGCUCUCGACUGCUUUGGCGCAUGAGCUGCGUCGUCAAGGCGUGACCACUGAAGUCUUGGUGGCCCUUCUGUUUGAAAAGUCCAAGUACAUUGUCGUUGCCAUACAUGCAGUGCUCAAAGCCGGGGGUGCAAUCAUGUUGUGGGAUCCAACUCUGCCCGUGGACCGCUUACGUAGCAUCUUUGCUGAGUCCACGGCCCAGAUGGUGCUGUCAUCAACCACCACUGCUGGUCUGGCAGCCAAGAUCAGCUCUCACAUAGUCGUUGUGGAUGAGGAGCACAUACCCGAGCCUUCUUCCGAGCCUCUGGUAUCCGUCCACCGGCCCAACAGCGCACUAUACAGCGUCUUCACAUCCGGCUCGACCGGGAAACCCAAGGGCUUCAUCAUGGAACAUCGUGCCCUGGUAACAUGCGCCGUGGCCUGUGGCCAGCAAUUGGGAAUGACCAAGGAAUCCCGAACUCUACAGUUCUCGUCCAACUCCUUCGACCUGGCAACCUUUGAGCACCUACUUCCCUUCGUAUUUGGGGCAUGUAUCUGCAUUCCCUCCGAGGAGGAGAGAAAGGGCGACCUGACCCGCGCCCUUGACCAGUAUCAAGUGUCGUUGGCCAUGAUGACGCCCUCAGUGAGCCGCCUGCUGGAGCCACAGCAUCUUCCGCUGCUGCAAACAGUGAUGCUGUGUGGCGAGCCCGUAUCUUCGGAGGAUGUGCGCCGCUGGUUCUCCCAUGUCCAUCUGCACAAUGGUUACAGCCCUGCCGAGGCUGGGUGUAUCAACAUCCUCAACUCAGCCAUGACAGAGGCGCACCCAAACAACAUUGGAUAUUCAACCGGGGUUAUUCCAUGGGUGGUGGACCCGGAGAAUCACGAUCGACUGCUACCGCUCGGGGAGGUUGGAGAAUUGAUUAUCCAGGGACACACCGUCGGACGAGGAUACUUUGGCUGUCCGGCGAGGAAUAAGGCCUCUUUUAUUGAUGCGCCCGCCUGGGUCCGUGGUUUCGGUCGGGAAUCUUAUGGAUCCUUCUAUAAGACCGGCGAUCUCGUACACUACGAUACCAAUAACGGAUCCAUGCAAUUCCUGGGCCGUAAGGACACGCAGGUGAAGUUGCAUGGACAGCGACUGGAGCUGGGAGAAGUUGAGGACCAGCUGCGACGCCAUUUUGCUCCACCGCACGCUGUCAUCGUGGACCUUGUGACGGCUCUGAAUCGUGAGCCCAACCUUAUUGCAUUCGUGAGCCGUUCGCAAGACAUGACCGUCAUCGGAAAUGACUCCGUCCAGGACGACCUCUUUCUAGUACCGGACGAGCAAUUUGCUCAGGCCGCACGAAACGCACAAGCUUCUCUCCGGACUGUUCUCCCCUCGUAUAUGGUCCCAUCCGAGUUCCUCCUCCUCUCCCACCUCGUCAUGUUGCCGUCCGGAAAGACAGACCGCCGAUACAUUCGCACGGCUGCCGCUGAGCUUUCACCGACUGAGAGGAGAAAGUUUAGUAGCAUGCUCGAGACCUCUCAAGACCAGCCAUCGACGGAACUCGAGGAAGUCCUGCUGACACUGUGGGCAGCAAGCCUGAAAAUCGCGGUUGCAGGGAUUGGUGUACAGGAUAAUUUCUUCGACCUCGGGGGUAGCUCUCUGGAUGCCCUCCGCCUUGCGGCCAGUAUGCGUAAGAUAGGUUAUACAGACCUGCCCUCUGGCGCGGUAUUCAAAUACCCCACCGUGCGCUCCAUUGCAGCCGUUCUGCAGGGUACUAUUCAGCAAGCAUCGAUCACCUCACAGACACCAGAGUCUGAACAGAUGGGGCCAUCCCUCACGGCUCAGCUUCUGUCCAAAGCUCGGAUACAGAUGGAUGAGGUCGAAUACCCAGGCUUCCUACCAAUGACAGCCUUCCAGCAGAAGUCUGCCGGUCUGAAGUGUGUUCAUAUCGUUCUGGAUAUUUCCGGCCUCGAUCACUCCCGACUAGACGCUGCAUGGGGCCUGGUUCAGGAGAGACACAUCUGCCUUCGGUCGGUCUAUAUCUCUCAUCUCGGCCACGUUUAUCAAGGCUUUCUGCGCCGUCCUCACAGCACGAUUCCCAUUCAGCAAUGUGACCAGCCGGCUCAAGAGUUUGCAACCGACUUCUGCAACAAGGAUGCUGAGCCGGUCCUUGACGGCCGUUGCUGGUGGCAGUUGACGCGGAUCAAUAGCAAUCACGAUGGUAGCAGUGCACUCGUUAUCCGGACCACCCACGCGCAAUUUGAUGCCAUGACUCUCGGCGUCAUUUUCAACGACUUUAUGGCUGCCAUGGAGAACCGCGCGCUGUCUGCACAGGAGCGGCAGUUCUCCGACUACAUGAUCCGUCGUGUGCAACACAACAAGUCACAGGCAACAGUGGAGUUCUGGUCAAAGUUCCUGCAAGGUUCCCACAUGAGCCAGCCCGAGUUCACUGAUGCCUCGUCGGCUGCCCUUCCCGACGAUCAUAUCGGCAUGGUGUACGUCAUGAGACCAAUCCAGGCAACUUCAACUCCUCCAACCGGCAUCACCAUGGCGUCUGCGUUCCGCGCUGCUUGGGCCUUUGUUCUUGCCAACUAUACUGGUCAGGGUGAUCUCGUAUUCGGCGAGUUUAUCGAAGGCCGCACCCUUCCCUUGCUGGAGGACGUGGAGAACAUCACCGGUUGCACCGCGGCAGAGACUCCCAUGCGGAUAAUAAUUCCUGAGCACGAAGGAGCGACCGUACAGGACCUCCUGCAUCACUCCCAGGAGCAAUAUAUUACUCGGCUUCCAUUCGAGACCUCUGAGCUGCCUGAUCUUGUUCCCCACUGCGUUCCUUUGUGGCCCAAGCACACAACCCAAUUCAGUCACCUACUCGUGGUUGAGAACACUUCAGCUGUGCCCCCUGUGGUGGUGGAUGGCCAUGUGUUUGAGCAUCGAUGGGUUUUUCACGGCCGUCUGGAAGACGUACAGAUCCAAUUGGUUCCGACGAAGGAUUCGUUGCAUGUCGCUAUCCUGGGGCCGGAGGUACGACUGGCUUACGGCAUUGCGGAUAUGCUGGUGGGUAGGCUGGCAUCGGCUCUAACCCAGUUUAUCGAGAAACCCAAUGCGUUGCUGUCAGAGAUCAAGUGGGAUUAG